ACUUCCGGGACCUGUCAGCCACUCCCUCCCGACCCACGGCUUCCGCCCGCGCCCGCCGGAGCUUGUUCGCGUCGACUGACCAGAGUCCGCCAAUUCUCCGCUCCGCGCCCGCCCGGACAGACAGCCCCCGAUCCCAGCUUUUUAUCCUCCAAGAACACUAAGAAGAAUGUCCCUGCAUCAGUUUUUGCUCGAGCCAAUCACCUGCCAUGCCUGGAAUCGGGAUCGCACCCAGAUUGCCCUGAGCCCCAAUAAUCAUGAAGUCCACAUCUACAAGAAGAAUGGGAGCCAGUGGGUGAAAGCUCAUGAGCUCAAGGAACACAACGGACACAUCACAGGCAUUGACUGGGCACCCAAGAGCGACCGCAUUGUCACCUGUGGGGCAGACCGCAAUGCCUACGUCUGGAGCCAGAAGGAUGGCGUCUGGAAGCCCACCCUGGUGAUCCUGCGCAUCAACCGGGCAGCCACAUUCGUGAAGUGGUCCCCACUGGAGAACAAGUUCGCCGUGGGCAGCGGGGCACGGCUCAUCUCCGUCUGCUACUUCGAGUCCGAAAACGACUGGUGGGUCAGCAAGCACAUUAAGAAGCCCAUCCGCUCCACGGUCCUCAGCUUGGACUGGCAUCCCAACAACGUUCUGCUGGCGGCAGGCUCCUGCGACUUCAAGUGCAGGGUGUUUUCCGCCUACAUUAAAGAAGUGGAUGAAAAGCCAGCCAGUACACCAUGGGGCAGCAAGAUGCCUUUUGGCCAGCUGAUGUCCGAGUUUGGUGGCAGUGGCACGGGCGGCUGGGUCCACGGUGUCAGCUUCUCCGCCAGCGGGAGCCGCCUGGCCUGGGUCAGCCACGACAGCACCGUAUCCGUAGCCGAUGCCUCCAAAAGCGUGCAGGUCUCCACUCUGAAGACGGAGUUCCUGCCCCUCCUGAGCGUGUCAUUUGUGUCGGAGAACAGCGUCGUGGCUGCUGGUCAUGACUGCUGCCCAAUGCUCUUCAACUAUGACGACCGUGGCUGCUUGACCUUCGUCUCCAAACUGGACAUUCCGAAACAGAGCAUCCAGCGCAACAUGUCGGCCAUGGAACGCUUCCGCAACAUGGACAAGCGGGCCACCACCGAGGACCGCAACACGGCUUUGGAGACGCUGCACCAGAAUAGCAUCACUCAGGUGUCCAUUUAUGAGGUGGACAAGCAAGACUGUCGUAAAUUCUGCACCACUGGCAUCGAUGGAGCCAUGACAAUUUGGGAUUUCAAGACCUUGGAGUCUUCCAUCCAGGGCCUCCGAAUAAUGUGA